CGUCACCGUUCGUCACAGGGAGUGUCCGGCGAUGUAGCGUCGCGUUUGGUGGUCAAACGCUUGCGCUUUUAUUUGAUACAUUUUUUAUUUCUCCCCUUUCGGAAGUUUAAUUCGUCUCAUUAUACGAGGUCCGGCGAGUUUAAAUAAAUAUCGUAAUCCUGAUUCUUCACAGUGAGCAUUUUGAUCGAGUGGUUGAAAGGAGCGGACGGGGAGUGAACACAGGUUAACAAGAUGAUCACCGGGGAGUGUCAUCUUUGAGCUGUCGAUUCCAUCGGUUCGGAUAACCUGUUUUUUUCCAUAAUUACAUUCCUACUUAUCUUCGAUUAGAGUUAAUGACAGUAUCGUGUGCUACAAUUUUGUGGAAUUUUUAAAAUGUCCGUUGUGUGAUUGCAAAAUGUCCAGAAUGGUCUCUCACUUAUUGAACACCGUGGUGUUCUCGCUGAUCCUUUCGCUCCCCGCAUUUGCGCAAAAUAUUUUGUACGGCGAGCUAGCGUAUGAGUGCCCCCAAAAUUGGAUACGCUUUCAAGAAUCGUGCUACCGUUUUAUCAAGAGUCCGCUGAGGCCGCGGGAGGAAGCACGAAGGAACUGCCAAGCGUUUCAAAGUGAUCUGCUUACCAUCAACUCGUUGGAGGAACACGGAUUUGUGCUCUAUCAAUUGCUAUGGCAGGAUCCACAGCAUCGUAGAUGGUAUACUGGAGUGAAACUCCAGGGUGGCCUAUGGAUGAAUGAGGGCGAUACUACAACCUUGAUAAACAUGGACAAUGCCUUCCUGCCUGAACCCAACGAUAACAUAAUAGGAAGGGAUUACUUGGCCUAUUCGUUCUCUAAUACUCUUAAACGUUGGGGAUUGGAGAAGGUCACUGGCAGGGAGGAACUUUUGUAUAUCUGCGAAGCGUCUAUCAUCACCCUUCAUAACUUAGUGGAAGAUGACCGCACUUACCAAUAUGGUAUUGAUAUUGAUAACCCUCUUCAGAUACCCAGAGGGCCUUAUUUCAUAAAACAGCCCGUGAGCAAGGUAUUUGAUGUGUCGAAGAGGAGGAUAAGUAAUGACGUCUCACUGAGCUGUCUGGCAGGAGGCUAUCCCACUCCGACGUACGAAUGGUUCAAGGAAGAUUAUGAGAACGACCGACUUAUUGCAACGAGAAUAAAUCCCCUUGCAAAUAACAGGUAUACUGUGAGUGGCGGAACACUGAUCAUCUACGAGCCAGAACAGGCGGAAGAUCGGGGCUCUUACCACUGCAAAGCAACCAACAAAUUCGGUACUAUUAUAUCUGAAAGUGUUGAGCUGUCGUUUGGAUACAUCCUAGAGUUUAAUUUAAAACGUUCUGAGGAACACGGAGAUAAUCAUUGGGGUAAAGCAGUCUACUGUGAUCCGCCGCAACAUUUUCCUGGCGUGAAAUACUAUUGGGCGCGCGAUUACUUCCCCAAUUUCGUCGAGGAAGAUAAACGUGUGUUUGUCUCGCACGACGGAGCGCUCUACUUCUCUGCAUUGGAAACGAUCGAUCGAGGAAACUAUUCGUGCAAUGUUCAGAGUGUCGCAUCCGAUACCGGACGUAACGGACCAUUCUUUCCAUUAAGAGUGGACAUGCACUCCUCUUUCCAGCAGUUGAAGUUCCCGAACAAUUUUCCGAAAGCGUUUCCGGAAGCGCCGGUAGCCGGAGAGGAAGUCAGGCUUGAGUGUAUCGCGUUUGGAUAUCCUGUUCCGUCGUACAAUUGGACGAGGAGGGAUUCCACUUUGCCACGUGGGGCAUAUACAGCGAAUUAUAAUCGAGUACUGAUAAUACCGCGAGUGCGCGUGGAGGAUCAGGGCGAGUACGUUUGCCGGGUGUACAACGAACGAUUGUCAAUCGAGAAUUCUGUGCAAUUGACGGUACAAGCGGCGCCCAACUUUACUAUCCCGCUGGUUGACAAGCACAUGGACAACAGGGCAGAUCUAACUUGGACCUGCGAAGCGUUCGGCAUACCAGACGUCACCUACAGUUGGUUCAGAAACGGUGAGCUUCUGGAUAUGUAUACUCUACCGCCCGAAGAUAGGGAUCGUUACACCGUACAAGAUAAUGUCCUGAAUAUAAGGUACCUGGAGCCUGAAAGAGAUCAGGCUAUGUAUCAGUGUCGCGCGAGAAACCAGCUGAAGACUACGUACUCAUCAGCGCAACUUCGAGUCUUGUCGUUGAAACCUUCUUUCAAGAAACGGCCUAUGGAGUCCGAAACUUACGCGGCGGAAGGAGGUAACGUCACAAUCGUGUGCAAACCCGAAGCCGCGCCCAGGCCUCAAUUCGUCUGGAAGAAAGAUGGCAACGUGAUUGGAUCGGGAGGUAGACGGAGAAUCCUGGAAACAGGAAACCUCAUUAUCAGUCCGGUAUCGCGAGAUGACGAGGGGACGUACGUGUGCACAGCGACCAAUCAAUAUGGCAGCGACGAGACUCGUGGACGAUUGAUCGUGCUACGAGCACCGCAGUUUAUCGAAAGAUUGCCACCACGCCUAAUCAUGUCGUACAAUUACAAUCAGACGCUGCGUUGCUUGGGCCAUACAGACGAAAUGCUGGACGUUGCGUACAUCUGGAAGCACAACGGUAUGCGUAUCCGCGAUAAGGACCUGCGAAACAAUCCGCAUUGGAACAUCGAAGGCGAGUACCUGGACAUUAUAAACGCUACGUUUGCUGAGGCCGGCGAGUACGAGUGCAUCUUGAAGAGCGCCGUCGGCGAAAUAUCAAGCACAAGUUUUGUGAUCGUGGAGGGCCCACCGGGGCCGCCCGGUGGUGUGCAAGUUGUGAACAUCGUCAAGACCUCGGCCACGUUGCGAUGGACCGACGGUGCUUGGAAUGGCAGGCCUAUAGCUAUGUACACAAUCAAUGCACGAACGAACUGGAAUCGCACGUGGUUCCCCCUCGUAGAGAAUAUCACAGCUAUCGAGACGGAUAGAUACAAUGGACGAAAGGAGGCAUUCUUGGAGAAUGUUUUGAAUCCUUACUCCACGUACGAGUUUGCUGUGCUGGCGUUCAAUGUACUCGGCUAUGGUCCACCGUCAUCCCCAUCGCCUCAAUACAGCACUCCAUCCGAUAAGCCGACGAAAGCACCAUCAAAUAUCAGCGGUGGCGGAGGAAAGAUCGGCGACCUUACGAUCACGUGGGAUCCUCUCAGCUCAGCUGAUCAAAACGGGCCUGGAAUUUAUUACAAGAUAUUCUGGCGCCGCAAGGGACAUGAUACGGAGUUCCAGUCGUUGUCCCUGAAGGAAUACGGCAACGUCGGCAGUAGCGUUGUGUCGAUCCAACCGAAAUAUUAUUACACGGAGUAUGAAGUAAGAGUACAGCCGAUUAAUGCGAUCGGUGAGGGUCCGAUAUCGGGAAUAGAAACGGUCUACAGCGCGGAAGACAUGCCGCAGGUCGCACCGCAACAAGUAUACGCCAUGAGCUAUAAUAGCACCAGUUUGAACGUCAGUUGGCUACCCAUCGAGCAGACCCGUGAGCGGGUACGAGGCAAGCUGAUCGGCCACAGGAUCAAGUACUGGAAGGAGAGCAAUCGUGAAGAGGAUGCCACGUACUACUUGUCGCGCACUACGCGCCCUUGGUCGCUGGUCGUUGGUCUGCAACCGGACACGUAUUACUACGUGAAGGUGAUGGCCUACAACACUGCCGGAGAAGGUCCGGAGAGUGAGCGGUACCUGGAGAGAACAUACCGCAAAGCGCCGCAGAAACCGCCAUCCUCAGUGAAUGUGUACGGCGUGAACCCGUCAACGGUGAGAGUCGUCUGGCGUUACGUGCAACCGAGUCUGGAGGAGGAGCCGCUAAUCGGAUACAAGAUACGCGUGUGGGAGGUCGAUCAGGAUAUGAGUACGGCGAACGACACGAUUAUACCAGGCGGCUCCAAGCUCGAGGCCGACAUCAAGAACCUGAGUCCCGGCAAGGCCUACCACUUGAGAGUGCUCGCAUUCAGCAACGGCGGCGAUGGCCGGAUGUCGAGUCCCACUCAUACAUUCCAGAUGGGCGACGCCGCUGCCUUCAGAAGCAGCGCCGGGAGCAAGGUCCUGGAUGCCGCUCUGGGAGUAACUAUGUUAUUGUUAAUCAUGCUGCGAGUUCUUAGCCGCUCGAUGCGUUCAACGCAGCUCCUCAGAAAAACCACAGAAAUCGUCUGUGUGUCGAGCACGAGGAAUUUGAAUCUGAUGGAGUAUCAGAGUAAGGAGCUUCUACGGGACUCCGGUGUAUCAGUACAGAAUUUUGCCAUCGUAGACGACCUAACCAAGACGGGUUCUGCGCUGGCAAAAUUACAUGCGGAUGAAUACGUCAUUAAAGCUCAAGUCUUGGCUGGUGGUCGUGGUAAAGGUUGGUUUGACAAUGGAUUUAAAGGAGGUGUACACCUUACCAAAGACCGUAAUGCCGUUGCAAAUUAUGUGAAGAAUAUGUUAGGUCAUCGGCUUAUUACCAAACAGACCUCAAAGGACGGUAUACUGGUGCAGAAAAUCAUGAUAGCCGAGUCGGUGGAGAUCGCGCGCGAGACCUACCUCUGUAUACUCAUGGAUCGGCAGCAUAAUGGUCCAGUGCUGAUAGCGUCUCCGGCGGGUGGGAUGGAUAUCGAGGCAGUUGCUGCAGAACGUCCUGAACAAAUUAAAACCGUUCCAUUGGACAUUUAUCAGGGAAUCAAUGACGAAAUAGCAAGGGAUGUAUGCGUAUUCUUGGGAUUCUCGCGUCCGGAUGUCCUCGAGAGAGCUAUCUACGAGUUGAAAAAUUUAUGGAAGCUGUUCGUGGACAUUGACGCUUUGCAAAUCGAGAUCAAUCCGCUGGUAGAAACAACUGACGAGCAGGUGGUAGCGGUAGACGCGAAAAUCGCGUUCGACGAUAAUGCACAAUUUAGGCAGCAGGACCUCUUUGCCUUGGAGGAUGUCAGUGAGAAAGAUCCCAGGGAAGUUGACGCCUCGCGAUUUAAUUUGAAUUAUAUCGGUAUGGACGGCAACAUAGGGUGUUUAGUGAAUGGUGCUGGUCUGGCUAUGGCUACGAUGGAUAUUAUUAAAUUAAAUGGAGGAUCGCCAGCGAAUUUUCUGGAUGUCGGCGGUGGUGUGAAGGAGGACCAAGUCUUCCAGGCGUUUAGGAUUCUCAGUGAAGAUCCAAAGGUCAAAGUUAUCCUCGUCAACGUUUUCGGCGGUAUCGUGAAUUGCACGACAAUAGCAAAGGGAAUUGUCGCGGCAUCGCGUAACUUGGGACUGAAAAUACCGCUUGUUGUAAGAUUAGAAGGCACCAACGUGACUGAAGCCAAGAAAGUUUUAGCUGAUUCCGGAUUGCCAAUUGUCACGGCUAACAACUUGGAUGAGGCGGCGAGGAAAGCGGUAAUUUCUGUAAAAGCGUAAUUGCAUGUCGAUACGACGAUACAUCAUUAUCGUCGGCUUAUGAUUAAGACUGGGAAUCUGUAGUUUCAAUGUAAGACAACAAUAACUUCGUGGCGGGGCAACUCGAGGUGGGAAAUCAUUUACACGAUCUUUUUUUUUUAUAUAACAGAACAUAUCCAAGUAGCUUCCACAUUAAUUUUUCACAGCGUUUGGAUUUUAAUAUUCACACGUAUACAAAUACGCGUACUCCUAAACACACGCGGUACUUUUCUACAUGUUUUUAUUCAACUGCGGGAUGUUUUAUUUGUUGCAGCUUUAAUUUGUUCAUUGUUCACAGUUAUGUGUAUAUAUUAUCUAAAUUAACAUCAUUUAACUAACGUUAUCAAGAUUCUAAAAAAACUUCACGCUCUAUUAUUUUGGCGAGGUAAGAUUCUGUAUUUUCAUGAAAACUAUAUAUAUAUAUAUAUAUAUAUAUAUAUAUUCUUCCUUUUAACGAGAUUCAGAUAACGGCUUUAAAGUUUUCAUGAAAAUACAGAAUCUUACCUCGCCAAAAUAAUAGAGCGUGAAGUUUUUUUAGAAUCUUGAUAACGUUAGUUAAAUGAUAUAACAUGAUAUAACAAAAUUGAUAAGUCCACAAACACAUGUUCCAACAAAAAUUAGUUUCGAAAUGAAUAUUUCAAGACGUAUUUAACCGAUACAAAUCUAUAUAUCAGAAUUAUCUCUCUUAGAUCCUGAUUUUGCAUAGAUGCAGGACAGAUAUUAAACAUCUAACACAGGUAAAACAAUACAAGAUGAUUAUAUAUAUAUAUAUAUAUAUAUAUAUAUAUAUAUAAUAAUCUUGUAUUGUUCAACUGCGGGAUGUUUUAUUUGUUGCAGCUUUAAUUUGUUCAUUGUUCACAGUUAUGUGUAUAUAUUAACAUCAUUUAACUAACGUUAUCAAGAUUCUAAAAAAACUUCACGCACUAUUAUUUUGGCGAGGUAAGAUUCUGUAUUUUCAUGAAAACUUUAAAGCCGUUAUCUGAAUCUCGUUAAAAGGAAGAAUAUAUAUAUAUAUAUAUUCUUCCUUUUAACGAGAUUCUUGAUAACGUUAGUUAAAUGAUGUUAAUUUAGAUAAUAUAUACACAUAACUGUGAACAAUGAACAAAUUAAAGCUGCAACAAAUAAAACAUCCCGCAGUUGAACAAUACAAGAUUAUUAUAUAUAUAUAUAUAUAUAUAUAUAUAUAUAUAUAUAAUCAUCUUGUAUUGUUUUACCUGUGUUAGAUGUUUAAUAUCUGUCCUGCAUCUAUGCAAAAUCAGGAUCUAAGAGAGAUAAUUCUGAUAUAUAGAUUUGUAUCGGUUAAAUACGUCUUGAAAUAUUCAUUUCGAAACUAAUUUUUGUUGGAACAUGUGUUUGUGGACUUAUCAAUUUUGUUAUAUCAUGAAUGUACAAUGUAGAACUCCAGUUUAUUUAUUUGUGAUAUUUGAUUAUAACUUACGUUGAUUAGUUAUUAUGCGUUCAUGAUUUGUUUCCGCGGUCCAGUGCUAAAUAAUAAAUAUUCGAUUGCAUCACCCCCGUGUAGUUGAAGCUGACUACUAUGCGAGUCGCGUUCUGUAUGUAUAUGUAUAUGUAUAUGUACAUGCAUAGUCUGAUAUGUAUUGUAGUUUCCUUUUUUAAUUUUUUAAUUCUGUUGUAUAUACAUUUAUUUCUGCUAAAUUUAAAUCGGUUUAUAUUAAAAUGUAAAACAAAUAUAUUUUCUAUUAAAUCUUUCCAACAACCCUAAUUUUAUGAUUCUUGUGUAAUUGUAUCUUUAUUCUCAACAUUUUAGCGUAUGAAAAUCUUUCGUAAUUUUAGUUAUAUUAUUUAUUAUAUAUAUUGUUGUAAAUCUUUUGCUCAUUUGUGAUAAUUGUUGUUAAAUAUGGAAUUUAAUUUAAUGCAAUAAAACUUCAGAAAUAAAUGUUGAAACGAGAAAUGAAAAAAUCUUUUUAUGCAUUCUUUUGUGAUAUACGACGAGAGUUUCUGAAGUUUUAUUUAACUAUGCACUUGUCUAUAUUAAAUGUUUAUAAUGUAAUCUUCAAUUUACGUGGCAUUUCUUAAUUGUCAUUAUUGAGCAUCGUUUAGCGGGACGAUGAUUAGAAUUCACAGGUAAGAUUGUGACCAUCAAUUCCAAUCAUCUGAUUAAUCAUUGUUAUCGAAAAGUGCCUGACAGUCAAUUCUUGUUCAGUCAAAUCUUCAAAUUCUAACAGAGCGACAGUAAUCCUCGUGUCGAACGUGUCGAAGACUGAAUCGUGCUCAAGGCUCGCCGAUUGCGCGUGGCGUAAUGAAAGGAGGGAGGAGCAAAGGCGCGCAAUCGACUUUUAGCCCAUGUAUGGUCGCCGCGUCUUUAUAAGUAGAAACUCUUUCAGUGGACAGCCAAGUCGCUUUAAGCGCGCGGUACUUGGCCGUCUCGCAAAGAGAGAGCAUAUCCAUAUAUGGGCAACGAUUUUUAGCAUAAGGUCCCGUACAUAGCGCACGCGACUUUUUUCUACCUUUCAAACGAUGCGCGUUAGUGGGUCAUGUUCUUUAUAGAUAGGCAUGCGGACCAAUGUGCGUAAUGUAAAAAAUGCAAAAUUGUUCGGACAAGCGAAAAGAGAUUGACUUAAUUUAAGAAUAAAUUUUUCUAUCGAGCCAGCGUUUCGUCACUUUUCGCCUUUCGAACAAUUCAGCAAUGUUUUUAGGAACAUAAUAACUUCGCAUUUUAGCAUUUACAUUUAUUCUUACAUCUCAAAUAGCACAAUCAAUGCUAGAGAUAGCUCUAAAUUUAUAAGAAAUAUCAAGUUUUCUCUAUCUUUCGAAAUAUAUAUAUUGUUUGAGAUAUAUCGUGAAUGUUCUAUGCGAAAAAUCUGUAACGCUUGCGCCGAGGCGAAGUUUCGCGGUAAGACGCGACGUUUCCUACAGGAAGGAUUUCUUCCCAGAGGCGACCGCUAAAACCGCUAUCGCGUGCGUUGAAGAUCCAAGUUCCUGGUGCCGGCAAUUCAAUAUCACGACGUAUCACCCGCGAUGUACGACGCGUAACAAUGACCGUUUUAGUUUCCUCUUCAGUGUCAAGCGAGCUGGUGGACGACCGGAUUCGUUUUUGCUCUCUUGUUUCCCUCAUACGAAUAUAAAUCCGCUCCUCUCGCACGCGUCUCCUGAGGGGGAGGCUCGGCAGUCCGACGCGUGUAUGUAUUAUAUAUAGACCGGCCCCCUGCCCCUCGGCCGACGAGGGAGCGCGUACUAUUCUCGGACAACUUCACGAAUCCGAGUUACUUCUUUCGACGUGUGUUCGACUCCCGGUUUGCGGACGGCAUAAACGUCAGUAAUCGCCUGCGAACCGCUCCGUGUCGAUCGGGAGCGCCGUGUCGAUCCGAUCCGGAGAGACCGCCGCCCCUUGCUGUAACGUGCGCACGUAAGAUCGGUCCCGGUUGCAGCGAAUACCGGUUAACGCUCUGAUCGCGAUUAACUUGUCAUUUUGGAACGAGAACGUCUGCGGAAUCUGCAAUGCAGAGGAAGAAAAAGAGAUCCGAAGUGUAAAGUUAACGUUCACAGCGUGACAUUUUGAUUCCUUCCUGUAGUGCUACAUUGGGAAAUCAUAUCGAUUGUUCUCGUUCCAAAGUGUUCGAUUGAUGCGUACUUCUUUAUAUGGAUUAUGGGAAAUGUGUGGUUAAUUUAUUUAACGACUUUGGGAGACGAUUAUUUGUCACGACUGUCCAAUUUCUGAUACAAUAAGAAUUAAGCCAGUGGAUAUUUAAAUUUUUCAGUUUUGCAAGAAAUUUGUAAUUAAUUUUGAGUGAUUUUUCUGAGCGCUUCUUAUGAUGAGUAUUAUGAUCUGUGUGCGGAGAAAGGCGGGCAAUCACAUAAAUUAAUUCAAGUUCAACGACGUAGAGUUUGACCGCCAUGUUAACAGCAAUAAUAUCUCGUUAGAUUCCUAGUGCUUAAAGUGUUCCUUUUUAAUAAGAUUUAUCAGCUCUCGGCAUUUGGUUCGGAUCAGGUAUGUGUUGUGCAUGUGCGUCGAUUACGGAUUUGGAAAGCAAAAAGCACGUCUCUCAGACGUAAUUAUGACUUUGCUUUAAAGAAGAGAUGUUACAUUUGUUAGAAUUCGUAAAAAAGAUAACGAGAUCAUUUAAUUGCAAGAGAGAUUUACUCUCAUAAUUUAUUCGCAAUUUAUCUUUACAAUUUUUUUGUACAAUCCGAGUGCAACAUGCUUUUGCAGAAUGAUGAUGAUUUUAAAUGAAAUAAGAGAGAUCCGCGAGAAGAUGCGAUUUCGUCGACAGUUUUUCGUUUACUGCUGAUAGGGAAUCACUCAAUCAUGUGAGAUAAAAUAUAUUCGAACGUGAGACCUUCUUAAGAAGAAAUAUACUGUGCAUCUCUACGACGAUUGUUUUAGUUACUUACUUACUUGUAUAUUAUUCGUAUAAUUUAAUCGAAAAAUAGAUUCGAUGUGAGCCAUGUUUUGAAAUAGAAAAAGUAGGUGAUAAAAUGUUUAAAUUCGAUGACAGUUUGAUCGGUCUCUAUUUGUGAAGUGGUAUCUUGAACCUCCUUGACUUUGAAGUGUCGAGAUAAAAAAAAAACGUAUUUUAACAUCAUCGCGUCAUUCCGUAGCAGCUUUUAUAGAUAAUUAUAGAUAACAUAGUAUACAAUAUAAAUGUAUUAAAUAUAUAUCGUUACGAGUUUUAUUAAUAAUGUAAUAUUCUCUUCGGAAUUUUUAGUUAAUAUGUAAUAUAAUGAUUUCGUAGAAAUUUAUAUUUUUUUAUGCAGACAGUCGAACACUUUUUACACAUGAUGGCGGGAUGCAUUCAAUAAGAGGAUACGUUUUAUACAAUCAUUUCCUUAUUCAUUCUUGUAUUUAAUAUUAAUUUAUAUACAAUUUCUGAUUUCUUAUAAAUUAAACUGUCUCUCUGUAAUAGGAAAACUGCGAGUAAACGGUGGAAAUUGUAUUCAAGUUUCAGACAAUGUUCGCACUUAUGAAGUUCAUCUUUCGGAUGUAAUAUCAGACCUUGGAAAAAAGUCACGUAUACAUGCGCGUACCAAAAAUACCUUGGCACGCGCGUCGCGAAUCGUAAUUUAGCGUGUGUCCGAUUAAUUUUCAUUAUGAGCGUAAAAUCCAAUAAUUGUUCAAAAAACUGCAAAUUUCAUUCUAAUACGGAAUAGCUUUUCGUUUUCCGGAAUUUGCAAAUAAAUUAUUUAAUAAAUUAGAAUAUAUUAUCUUCUUAAGUUUUCCUCGAGAUUUAAAUGUAAACAUUUUCUCAACAAAGAACAUAAUAUAUAUUGAUUCAAAAACGAGUAUAGAAAGAAAGAUGUACAUACACGGGGGAAGAUGUAGCUUCCCCUGAAUGUGCCGCUAUUUAUAAUUAGGCAUUUUAUUUACGGAUAGGCCAAACGUAAGUCAUGUUGAGGAGGGACAGUUCAGCCGAACACGUGCACUUCAUUCGAGCGCGACUGAUCGAUCCGACGCACGUUCACGAACUCGAUCCAAUCAAUUGUGUAUCUGACAAUCAGAAUCUGACGUUCAUUAACAGGAAAUAAUGCGUUCGCGCUUCAUCGCUUAAAUUUCCGCUCAAAUUGUUAAUUUUCCACACACGGUUUCAUAACGAACAAUUUUAAAUUUAAUAGGAAUAGGACAGUUCUUCGUCAUUAAGUGUUUUGUAAUAUAUACGUUACAAAUUAUAUUAACACAUAAGAAUUGA